GUAAGGUGCACGAACGCACCAAGAAAGCGUUCUCACAUUGUGUUGGCUUCGGAGAAGAAGUACCAUGUCGAGCGACCUGGACAUCGAACACCGUAAUAUCAGAUAACAGUCCCGCAACUGUCUUCGUAUUCAAGUAUACGCGCUUAGACAUCUUGCAGGCAAUGGGCAUAGCACCACGGACGCCAAGGACACCAGCCGAGGACAAGACACAGAAUUAUGAUGAUGAUGUUGAAAUAAGUGAUGGACCUAAUGGGCAUGACCCUUCAGAGGAUGUGAAGCCCCGAAUUCAAGAGCUCGAGGUGAAUUCUCGCUUUGGCAACAUCCUUCCCUCCCUCCAGCUCAUUCUUUUCUCGCAGAUGGAGCUCCAGCGUUUACGUGGACAAUUACCCUCAUCUGAGGACCGGAAGCCCUCGCGUGUUAAGUUGGAACGUAGGGUCUCGCGACGGCAACACGCCGCUAUUGAGGUCAUCGAUUUGACCGAGGAUUAG